AUGGACCGUUACGGUAGAGUCCCUACUGCUGAGGAGUUCAAAUUUCUACAAGAUCGCUUCGGUUUCUUACCGGAGCAUGGUGUAAUGAUUCCAGCAAAGGGAGUAUCGAUCUACGAUCGUCCUCCAGGGAAAGUUAGGGUUCCCAUUCCUUUGUUCGAAGCGGGGUUACGCCUACCAACAUCGGAUUUUUUUGAUAUGAUCGUGCAGCAUUACAGUUUUACUGUCAACGAGUUAACCCCGAGCGUUGUUAAUAAGAUCGUCGAUUUUGAACUGAUAUGUCGCUCUUUGGGUUGUGUUCCCACCUGCUGGGUUUUUUGUUACUUUUUAUGCUGA